GAUGGUGGUGUCGAAUAUCAAAUUAAUGCUGGAAUGGCUACAACUAACACUAAUAAUCAGUUAAUAAAUCCCAUUGCAAGUGAUAAUCAAUUUAUUGAUGAUUUAUAUGGCAAUUUUGACAACAACACUCUUGACAUUAUUGAAAUUGGAUACAAAUUUCUGGUCCCAAAGCCACAAUUCAGAAGGGAGCUCAAUCAAAUCACAAGUGAGCUUUGGCCAGAUUUAAAGUUCCACACUUCUGCCAUAGAUAAUCUUCACCAAGCUUCUGAAAAUUAUUUAAUUUCAUUAUUUGAAAACGUAAAUUCACAUAUUGGACGUAGCACGAUAAGACAAGGUGAUCUUCAAUCAGCCAUAAAUAUUGCAAAUGGAAGGUGUCCAUGUGUAGCUGAUGGCAGCUGUCACUGCCUUGACAACUAA